AUGGAGAUCCUCCGAAGCACAGACAAUCAUGCCGGGCCCUCGGCUCUCCUGGGCUUAGCCACGCGCUUGGCCAUGCAUAGUGAGUACCAUCGCGACUCCAAGCACUACCGUGAAAUCUCCGUCUUUGACGGGGAGGUGCGCCGUCGGGUCUGGAUGUGUCUUUCAUUGCUCGACCACGACAUCUCGCUGCAAGCUGGACUUCCACCCUCCGCCAUAGUUCCACCCCUUAAGAAUCCAACCGUACCACUAAUUUAUUAG